AUGGAGUCCGAGGCCUUCGAACCCCUCGGCUACCCCCUGGCCCCCCAGGGCCCCUCCAGCCACCCCAAGCACAUCUUCAGAAAGGCUGAAAACGAAGAAGACACAAUUCACAAUAUAAAAGCAUACUAUGAAGAAGCACUUUCUAUCUACCAGUGGCUUUCGCACUUUUUGUCUUUUUGCAAAGCUCCAAAAAGCUCCUUUUACAUUCAGCGAAAGGCCCUCAGUUUAAUUAAACUCUCCAAACCCUCGCCAGUCGUGGCUUCCCUCCUCAGAGACAUAGGCGAGGGGGACACAGAAAGGCGAGCGGGCUUUGCGGAGUCCGCAGAGCAGUUCUACAACGAAAGCCUGCAGGCAAGCGCUAGGGUGGCCCGGCUCUGCAACUCCGCCGUAGACGUCAAAGAAGCCGCGAAGAAUUUGGUGGAGUGCGCGGGGAAGAAAGCAGAAGAUGCAGAAAGGGAAGGCCGCGUUUCUGAGGCCAUUUCAAUUCGCCGAGGGUGUUUAGAAUUGGCCAAAAUUAGUCAAGACGAAGAUUUGCAUUGGAACUCUUUGCAUGCGCUCGGGCUGGCCCUGGGAAAUAACGGCGAUGAGGCGGGAGCUGUAGAGAUUCAAACGGAGUGUCUGCACCUUGCCGAGUAA